CGCAAAAGCCAUCAACCUGUGCAGCUACAGGACAGCGUGCUUGUGAGUGGCUGUUAGGGUGAUUGCGUUGCGUUGCGUUGCGUUGCAGUGCAGAGGACACUGACGGACGGCGAAGAAUCGAAGAUGGAGGCGUACGCUGCUGGAGCCAAGUUCGACUGCUUGCUGUUCGACAUGGACGACACUCUGUACCCGCUGAGCCUUGGCAUCAACCUAGCAUGCCGCAAGAACAUACAGGAGUACAUGCUGAACAAGCUGCGGAUCGAGGAGAGCCAGGUCCCCAGGAUGUGCCUGGACCUGUACAGGGAGUAUGGAACCACAAUGGCCGGCCUCAAGGUUUUGGGGUACGGUUUCGACUACGACGACUUCCACGCCUGCGUGCACGGGACGCUGCCGUACGAGAAGGUGAAGCCUGACCCGGUGCUCAGGCAGCUGCUGCUUUCCCUGCCGCAGAGGAAGAUCAUCUUCACCAACUCCGACAAGGCCCACGCGGCCAGAGUCCUGGAGAAGCUCGGCCUCCAGGACUGCUUCCAAGGGAUCGUCUGCUUCGAGACCCUCAACCCGCGACCACCAACCGAGACCGAGAAGAACAGUAGUGGCAGUGCUGGGACGAUCCUGUGCAAGCCCUCGCUGGCGUCCAUGGAAGCCGUCAUCGAGAUCGCCAAGCUCGACGCCGAGAGAACGGUGUUCUUUGACGACAGCGCGCGCAACAUCGCCGCAGGGAAGGCCGCCGGUUUCCGCACCGUCAUCGUGGGGAGCUCGGCGCUGGUGCCAGGGGCGGACGUGGCGCUGGAGAGCAUCCACAACAUCAAGGAGGCGCUGCCGGAGCUCUGGGAGGUUGCCGCCGCCGCUGCCGCCGGCGACCGCGUCGACGCCGUCCUCCGGUCCACCACCGCCGUGGAGACCACAGUGAUUGCCUGAGCAAUAAUACCAUGUGACAUUAACCGUCACGGACUCAAGGUCACGGCCACGUAAUAUAAUGCUGCCGUGUAGUAUUUCUCGUGCCUGAUUAAGUACCGACCGAGGUAACUAAUACUACUGUAUGUACCAGACCAGAACUUUACGGUUACGGGUAAUAAGGUUUGUAUAGCUCAUCCCUGUCGGCCCGUGCUUUUUUAUGGCGCGGUCCGUGGUGCAAAUGGAUGCCACGUACUGAAUGCAAAUAUAUAU